GAGAGAGGCACUUGAAGAAGAACGCGUGCCCACAGUCUAAAACCAGCCAUGUGUGUCAGUUCGUUUUGCUGUUCAGCCGGCGGUCAUCUUUAUAACAAAAACAAAGGUUUCAUAUACAUAGCCCAUACAUGGUGAAAAUCUACCGGCUUGGGCGAGCUGUAUCAUAUUACAAUUAUGUCUUCUGUCGUCAAUGAAAAAGUAAACCAUCUUGAUAUUUCCUGGAACGAUCCCGCGCUUUUAAACCCCCUGCCCAACAAAGAGCAAAUUCUCGACUACUUUUCCGGAAGAAGCAACCCAUUUUAUGACCGAACAUGUAACAAUGAAACCAUAAAGAUGCAGCGUCUUAGUCUGGCACAUCUUGAAAAUAUGGUUGGUGUGGAAUACAUAUUACUACAUGAGCAAGAACCUAUUCUUUAUGUUAUCAGAAAACAACGACGCCAUUCCCCUAACCAAGUGACAAUUAUAGCCGAUUACUAUGUCAUAGCUGGCACUGUGUACCAAGCCCCAGACCUUGCUUCUGUAUGUAACUCAAGACUGAUGACUACUUUUCACCAUCUGGAUUCUGCAUUCUCACAAGGUAGGUUAACUUCCUUUUUUCCUCUAAAUUUCACUUAUGCAAUGCUUCUCAAUUUCAGGGUUACUUUCCAAAAUUGGUCAACAUUUAUUUUGGUUUGGUUGCAUAAUUGCAUAUGUGGUUUACAAAGCAUUUUUUUUUUGUUGUUGUAAAAAUU